AUGGCGUGCAACGUGACGGCUUCCCUGGGCGUUGCCCGGGCCCCUGUGGCCACUGCCGCGGCCACCCGCGCCGCGGCGCCCUCGUUCGCCGGCGCGAAGGUGUCCUUGACUUCGGUUGCUUCGAGGGCGGGCGCGCCCGUCGCCGCUGCCCCGCUGCGCGCCGUCCGCGGCGCCCGCGCGGCCGCCCGCCGCUCCUCGACGCGCGUCAUGGCUGCCGCCGGCGGCAUGAACUGCCUGAUCGUCAACACGAAGGGCGGCGGCCACGCCUUCAUCGGGCUGUACCUGGCGCGCGCCCUGAUGGCCAAGGGCCACAAGGUGACGCUCAUGAACGACGGCGACGAGGCGAAGCUGUCCUCGAAGGGCUGCUACGCGCAGUACCCGGCCCUGGCCGGCGAGGGCGCCACGGUGUGCUGGGGCAACCCCACGGACCCCUCCACGUACCCGGCGGGGGACUUCGACGUCGUGUACGACAACAACGGCAAGGACAUCGACACCUGCAAGCCCCUCAUCGACACCUACAAGGGCAAGGUGCAGCACUACGUGUUCGUGUCGUCGGCGGGCAUGCUCAAGGCGAGCGACGUCACGCCGAACCUCACCGAGGACGACCCGCGCAACGAGAAGGCGCACUACUUCGUUGAGGAGUACCUGAAGGACGAGGGCCUGCCGUACACCGUGAUGCGCCCGCACUACAUCUACGGCGAGCACACCGUCAAGGACUGCGAGCAGUGGUUCAUGGACCGCAUCCUCCGCGACCGCCCCGUGCCGAUCCCCGCGCCGGGCACGCAGCUCACGUCCAUCUCGCACGUCGAGGACGUGGCCGAGAUGCUCGCGCUCGUGCCGGGCUGCGAGGCCGCCAAGGGCGAGAUCUUCCAGCUGUGCGGCGACAAGGCCAUCACCUUCGACGGCCUCGUGCAGUGCAUCGCCGAGGCCGCGGGCAAGACGCCCAAGAUCGUGCACUACGACCACGCCGCGGCCGGCCUGGCCAAGGGCGAGGGCAUCCCGUUCCGCACGGGGCACUUCUUCUCGUCGAACGGCAAGGCGCACGUGAAGCUGGGCUUCAAGGGCAAGCACACCUUCUCGGGCGACGUCAAGGACCGCAUCGCCUCCUACAUCGCGUCCGGGCGCCUCGACAAGGACGUGGACUUCAGCGCGGACGACAAGAUCAUCGCGAACGCGUAG